UUUCACGCCAUCGAUAGUCCCAUUAUAGAUCCCAUUGCACUUCGAAAGGCAAAAAGAGAGAAAUCUUUAACCCACAUGACCGUUCGUUCUUCUUCUACAACAAGUCCACCAAGAUCUCCUCCCAAAAACUGGGUACCUUUCUCCAGGCGUGACAACACUGCCUUGGAAAAAGCAUUCAAGAGUCCAUAUGCUUCCACAGCAGUGGUAUCUGUCAACGAAGAUCAUUUGUUCGAGGUCGAUAUUUCUAAAAGAGAAAUCAGUCCCGUUUACUGGGAAGGCCCCGUUUAUGAAGUCCGACGCGCCACUUGGUUUUAUGCAGGUGAAGGCUUUAAAUGGUUACCUUGUGAGGAAAAUAUGUCGAGACAAAUCGAGAAAGGUUACCAGAAAUAUAAACCCUAUGUAGAGCCAAUCAUCGUCACUGAGGAAGUCCAGAUGGAUCUAGGGGAAAUAGGUCCAUCUUCUUUUAUCAGCAGUAACAACAACGGAGAGAAAGAAAAGGACAUGACCGACACUGAAAAACAGGUAGAAGAAAUCAUCCAACAAAAAGAGUAUUUGUUAGGCCCCUAUCUUGGUCAAUAUGUCAUUUAUACAGACCCUGUUUAUGCUUGGUUAUUUCAGUAA